UUUUCGUUUGUUUUUUUUUGUUGCGAUGGCGCGAUCUCUCUCUCUGUUAAAGUAGGAUGUCCGUUUUGAUUGAAUCGUGACCGAUGGUUUCAGAAGAUUCAACGGGUCGCCUCGCCUGUUUCCGAAUUUUAAGUUUGAUUCAGCUCUUUGAUGGUGUUCUCCUACAGGCGGAUUUGGUAUCCCCAUUUGUAUGUUCUAUGUUCAUUUGAUGGUGGCGAUUUUGGGAUUUUCUCUAAAGGGCGUAAACAUUGUUUCCGGCGGAGAUGAGAUUCGGUGCAAUGACGCAAGUGCAACGGAGUUUCUCGACUGAGUUGCCUCCUCUUGUUCCCGUGCAACUCCCAUCUCGAAUGGAAGCUCAUCUGUGGUAUGUACUUCCUGACGAGGUGAAGAGUGAAUCUCUUCUGAGACAGUAUUCUGAGCUUCUGUCACCAUGCGAGAAAGAUAAUGUUCUCCAGAUGCGAGGCGAUGACCUCAAGAAAAAGGCUUUGCUUGCCCGUGCGCUGGUUCGGACUACAAUUUCAAGAUAUCUGGUAAAUAAUGAAGUGGAUCCUAGAUCCUUGAAGUUUAAGAAGAAUAUUUAUGGGAAGCCUGAGGUGGAUUGGCAAGAUGAUGAGAAAUGUGCUAACAACCCAUCAUUGCAUUUCAACCUUUCUCACACAAGUUCAUUGAUAGCCUGUGGGGUGACUGUAAAUGUCCCUAUUGGUAUUGAUGUCGAAGACAAGAGAAGGAGUAUAACACAUGAUGUCUUGGCGUUCGCUAGAAGAUAUUUCUCGUCCGAUGAAGUGAACUUUCUGUCAAGUUUACCAGACGCUGAGGUUCAGCGGGAGGAAUUCAUCAAGUUAUGGAUUCUCAAGGAGGCAUAUGUGAAAGCCCUAGGAAGAGGAUUCUCCGCUUCACCUUUCAAUACAUUUACAAUCCGAUCCAGGACUGAAAUGAAUGGAGGCUACGGUCUAUCCAAGGCAUCAGAGAUCACUUUGAAGUUGCCUGAUGAUGCAGAAAAAUGUAAUAAUGAAUGGAAAUUUGCCCUUUUGGAGUUGGCUGGUUAUCAUUUUGCUGCAAUCUGCGUUGGAGAGGAUAAAACAAGCGGAGGUGCGAUUUCAGGAUUGGUAGGAUUUGAUAUUAUGAAGUGUCCGUUAUCGCUUCUUCAAAACUUUCCUCAUUUUCGCAGGUGCUCCCCUGAAGGUGAUUGUCCGGAAAACCAUCCCGUUCGUUGAAGACGAACAUGUUACCGAAUUGGAACUUCCAUAGCAAACCACAACAAAACCGACUAAGUUAUUGUAUUGCUCAAGCAUCAAACUUCUUACAGGCAUCCUUCUGACAUGUAUAGCUUGAUGACAUCAUCAUUUGCAGACAUUCCAUGUAAGUGGCAGUUUGUAUAACUUAUUAUAUUA